AUGUACUUGAUGAACUUGCCUCCAGUCGCGGCAUUGCACACAGAAUGGAGGUCAUCGUGCGGCGGUCUGCCCAGAGGCUUUAGCGGUCUGCCCCUGUGCUUCAAUGAGUCUGACAGUGACUUGUCCACCACCGGAACACCCAUCUCAGAGAAGGUCCAGAUGAUCAUAGAGAGCCUAAGGAGCACCCAGUCCUCACUCAACAUGGGCGACGAGACAAAGGGGAACCAAGUGCUAUCAGGACAACCAGUACAGGAGGCUGGAGCCCGGGGCUCCCAGGGCCAAGGCUUCAAGGCCCGGAGGGGGCCUCCUGUGGUUAUGGGACCAAAGCCCAAAUUCAGAGGCCCUCUUCCUCUCACUCACACUGAUAACUUGCUGGCACUGCCAGAAGUUUCCUAUAAUGUUGAUUCGGAGAGUUCUGACGGCGAUGACUCUGUAGAUAGAGGCAUCGAGGAGGCCAUACAGGAGUACCUGAAGGAAAAGGAUGACCACAAACGCAAGGCUGAGCCAGAGCCAGCCACUAAUAUUUUACAGCCACCCAAGAUGCCCCGGAGGGAGGCUCCUCCAACCUUUCCGGAACCUACUAAACAACAUUCCGACAGCAAUAAGGUUUUAACUGCCAGCAACCAGGUUCCGAGAAGUCUCAAAACAGAGACACACAACACACCACCACCCGUGAAAAAACGUGUAAAAAGUAAGAUACCCACCUGCAAAGAGAAUCCCUUUAAGAAACUGGACACAACAAGCAACACAGUGGUGGUAAAAAAACAGUCUUCUUUGGAACAAAAGAGAGGCCCCUACAAUUCCAACCCUCUCUCUGACAAACGGAAGUGUCCUGUACUGAAAGCAGUGAAUGUGGAGGAACACUUGUCUGACAGUGACAGCAGCAGCAGUAGUGAUGAUGGCAUCGAGGAGGCUAUUCAACGCUACCAGCAGGAGAAGAAGAAAGAGAGACAUGUAGGCAGACAGUCCUCCAAACCCCUUCUCCUCCUCAAAGAGGAGUCAGACUCCAGCAGCAGUGAUGACGGAAUAGAGGAGGCUAUCCGCCACUACCAGCUGGAGAAGCAGAAAGAGAAGAGUGUACCCAAGCUCUCUCUAUCUCAACCCAAACAAAAGCAAGUGAGUAAAGUAGCGGCUCCCCUGCACUGUCCAGAGAGCACAAGCACUCAGGCAGCGGCCAUGAAAAAACGCAAACGGUCUAAAAAUAAGAAACCUGAGACUAGCGAUUUAAAAUCAUCUCCACCCUCUCAAACUCCUGGUUCCUCACUCUCUCUUAUCAAGAAGAGAUUAGCAGCUAGCAGCCCCAAAGGGAACGGCCUCCUCCUGUCGACUAAAGUGGAGCCCCUGCGAGAGUGGGAGCAAGAGCAGCACACCACCCCAGGCCCAGCCACCUUGAAGGUGAACACCAUCACCACCACCCCAGGCCCAGCCACCCUGAAGGUGAACACCAUCACCACCACCCCAGGCCCAGCCACCCUGAAGGUGAACACCAUCACCACCACCCCAGGCCCAGCCAUCCUGAAGGUGAACACCAUCACCACCACCACAGCUGAGCUGAUGUGUGCUGAGGCCAUUCUGGACAUUUCUAAAGCUGUCAUUAAAAUGCCAGAGGCCUUUAACCCUAACGUAGCAGCAGCAGGCCUUAUCAAUAUCAACAGCAGCUCCACGGAGUCCACCACCACUACUUCUCUUCUCAUCUCUACAAACUGCCCUGAUGAUGAUAAUGAUAAUAAAAGUGAUGAUGAGAGCUCCAUUGACAGUGAGGAUGGGAUCGAACAGGAAAUCCGGAAGUUUCUUGAGAAGAAAGCCCAAAUGCACAAACUGCCGCCUGGGCCCGGCUCAGCAGUUGGUACUACAAGUCCGGAUGGAACCAACAAAACAACAGAACCAGAGAAAAACGCCAAACUGAGUCCGGCCCAGAAGAAAACACUGAGGCUGUCUGUGACGCAGAAAAGAAAGCGCAAAGCAGAAGGUGGCAGCAGGAGGGGUUCCAAGGAAGAAGGAGAGACUGAUCUCAAAAUGAAAGAAGAGGCAGUCCCAAAGCAUUUGACCAAGCAUGACCAAGGGUCAAGGUCAUCCAUUUCCUCCCUGAAAAAAGCCCCACUGAAAUCAGUGAGGGACUCAGAGAGGAGGAGGGAACAGGGUGGCGACAAGAGUAGCUCACUGGACAGUGACGAAGACCUGGACAAUGCAAUAAAAGACUUGCUCAAGACUAAGAAGAAGUUGAAAAAGAAGACUAGAGAUAUAAAGUUGAAGUCAAGGAAGGGCCUUGAGGAUGAGGAGCUUUUGUGUAGAAAAACAUCACACUUAAAAAAGCAUGAGCCCAAGACCACCAGCCUUUUGAAAACUAGCUUUAAAGUCACUACUACUACCGCCCAGAGUCAGAACAACAACAGAAAAAAAGGCACAUUUAGUAAGAAUGCGUCACAGUAUCCACAGAGCAAUGAGAAGAAAGAGCCACUCAACCAGGCAGAUGAGAUGGACCGAUCUCAAGGGAACAGGGAUGUAGAAGUCUUGUCAAGAGAGAAUAACCCAGUCGUGGUUCAGAUCAAGGAAGAUAGCAGUUCAGUGGACAGCGACGACAGUAUCGAACAGGAGAUCAGAAAGUUCCUGGCGGAAAAGGCCAAGGUUUCUACUACCACAGUGAAAACAGAUGAUAGAGAGGAGAUCGGGAACGGCAAGGGCAAAACUAAAUCGGAAAAUCAGCUGGCUGAAAAUCCAAGGAUAGACGUUACUCAAUUCUCUGACCUGCCUCGUCAGAGCAGUCGUGAGCAGAGAGGAGUUCCGGACAGCAGAAUCUUUCCAAACACACCCCCUGUCCAGCCAGUGCCAGGAAACCCCAACCCCAACCCCACCCUAGAAACAGCCAGGGGGUCAUGCCUCCUCUCAGCCCUCACCCCCAGCUCGUAUCCUCCAGCUCUGGAGCCUGUUGAUGGUGCUGUGUCUGGGGCUGCCAGAGCAGAGAAGAGGAGGAGAUCUAGUUCAGAUUCAGGAAGCGUUGAUACCCACCAAAGUGCCAACUCUGAGAUGGCAAGGGAUCACAGCUACAGGUCAUUACCCAGCACCAGCUACCCCUUGCCCAGGACUGACUCGGAGCCGUGGCGUAAGAGCCAAGCGAUCCCCACCACUGAGACAAAAGAGAAGAUCCAUAACCGGAACCCAUUCCAGUACAGCUCACCUAGUUUCGGUGAGAAGACAGCCACCACUCCAGCGUAUCAGUGUGGAGUACCAGCCAGUAUCUAUCCCCAUAGGAGGAGUAUUGCACCUGCACCUGCACCUGCACCGGAUACACCUGUCUCCACCCGUCCUGCUGCUGUACGGACUGGGAGCAGCAUCAGAUCACCACUGGUUCCUUUCCACCGCCCCUCAUCCUCAGAGACCACAUCUACGUCGGCUGCUGUCUUCAGCUCCCCGUUCCCCAGCCUGACCAGGAGACCUACGGAGAUGGGACCAUCAGGGGGGUACUUCCUUCAGGGUCAUGGGUCCGGGUCAGGCAGCCGCUGGGGUCAAUCCCCAACCCUGACCCCGGGGCUGUCGGAGAGCAGCGUGGUACACGUGGCCAAGGACCAGACAAUGUUUGUCGAACUGUCCACGAACAAGACCAACCAUGUACAGGUCAGAAGCAGGGAGGUGAAGGUGAGCGAGGGAAAGGAGGAAAGGAGGAGAGACUUGCCAGCAGGAGAGAGUGAGAGAGAAAGGCAGAGCAGGAAGACAGAGGAGAGAGGAGAAGAGCAGAUAGGAAGACGAGGAGAGGAGGAGUGUGUAGAUGAGACCGAUGUCAGCGAGUCAGAUGAGAGGACGAGCCCAGAGAAGAAGCAGGGCUUUCCCACUUUGUAAGUGCAGGCCUUUUCCUUGUUUGUGAGGUCACAUAGCAGCAUCACAUAACCUUUUUUUAUGUUAGAUCUUUACAUCUUAGUUAGCCUAUUGAGUGUACCCUCCUUCCUAGUGGAUAUCAUGUAGAUUCAAGUACAGUUGUUCGUUUGUAGGUUCCAACGGAUUGUUUGUUUGUUGUUAAUACACAAAGCCUCUUUUUAUGUUUGUACAUUUUAUACAUCUAUUUAAAUACUAUAACGCAAUGUCAUUGAGAAUUUCAGACUAAAACCUUCCUUUUUUUCAUUUGUGCUCUUAGAUUUUUUUUUUUUUUACAUUCUUAUCAUUGAAACCCUUAAAAGCAAUAUCAGCCACCGCCCUGAAACAACAAGCGGAGUGCAUGAAUGGUAGGACCACCUAAUGCACAGCUGUGUGUCUGGUUGUUUCUGACAGGAACUGAGAUGGUUAUUUUUGUUUCACCAAUGUCUCACUGACAUUUUUUUCAAGAUACAACAUAUCAAAACCCAAUCGAAGACCUCUCAAAGUUAUCAGGCCAAAGAUAUAGGCCUAACCACCCAAAUAUAGUAUAUGAGUAGUCAGUACAAUAAAAUAUUGGGUCAAAAAUAAACAAUUGAAGACAUCAUUUGACAGGGAGCAUUGAGGUAGAAGUGUUUUGUAGCUCCAUGGAUGAGUGGCUGAAGGGACUUAUUUUUGUCAUGCAAAUACAUCAGACUGUAUUCAACUAAUAUUCCUGUGUGUGUGUGUGUGUUCCCUUGUCCUCCUUCUAAUUUGUCCAUCGGCCAAAAUCUUUUCAUUACAUUCUAAUAUAGUCUUCCCCUGUUUUAAUGGCACAAACGCAUGUAAACAAAAAAGUAUCAUAUCAUAUUCUCAUAACAAGCCAGUUUAUCCCUUGGCAUAAGGUAGACCUAUAUUUCUGUUUGUUCUCUUUAAGGGUUCUGUCAGUAGUUGUUUAAAAUAGCAAAAGCAACUAACCUCAGUCACAAAUGCUGUUUUUACAUGUGUUUUUUGUAUAUUUGUUCUGUCUGAUGAAAAUAUACAAAUACUUUUCGAAUUUUUGCGGCCUAUCAUGAAGAGAUUUUCCUCUUUACAAUCAGGCACAUUGCCCAUAUCAAUGGUUGAUUUCCCUCUAACAAACUGUCAACAGCACACACAAAAUCAUGAAGGCUCUUCGUAUUUCUUGACUUGCCAUUUGGUUGUUUUUUGUUUUAUGUUCUAGUAGUUUUCUUGAAUUUUGUUAUGUGGAAAAUUAUUUAUUUUUGUUUAUGAAAAAAGGAGGAAAAAAUAAUUUUACUGAACAUGCAGUGCAUCGCCAGUUUUCAUAAAUAUUUAGCAAAAAUUGAACUUUUCUCCCUUUUCCCCAUCAGAAGAAAUAAACUUUGACUGUAUCUUUAAAGUGCAACCGUGUAAUAAAGAGUGAAUUUCAUCAAUAGUGGUGCAUGUCUUAUCUAAUUCAAUUAUAAUACAUACUGUAUGUGAAUCAUUAACACUAAAUUCAAGAUUUUUAUGGUCAAUAUGAGUGCGUUUGUGCAUGUAUUUGUGGACAUGUGAACUAAUGAGAAAACAACAAAGGUAAUCAUAUGGUGUUUAAUAUUUAAAAUGUAUCUUCAACAAUAUUAAAAACAUACCUUGAUAUUGCUCAACAAAGAUGGGCCAUAAAUACAGUGCCUUCGGAAAGUAUUCAGACCCCUUUACUUUUUCCAAAUUUUACGUUACAGCCUUAUUCUAAAAUUGAUUAAAUUGUUUCCCCCCCCCCCCCAUCAAUCUACACACAAUACCCCAUAAUGACAAAGCAAAAACAUGUUUUUUAUUUUUAAAAAUUACAUAAGUAUUCAGACCCUUUACUCAAUACUUGGUUGAAGCAACUUUUGCAGAGAUUACAGCCUCGAGUCUUCUUUGGUAUGACACUACAAGCUUGGCACACCUGUAUUUGGGGAUUUUCUCCCAUUCUUCUCUGCAGAUCCUCUCAAGCUCUGUCAGGUUAGAUGGGGAGCGUUGCUGCACAGCUAUUUUCAGGUCUCUCCAGAGAUGUUAGAUCGGGUUCAAGUCCGGGUUCUGGCUUGUCCACUCAAGGACAUUCAGAGACUUGUCCGAAAGCCACUCCUGCAUUGUCUUGGCUGUUUUCUUAGGGUCGUUGUCCUGUUGGAAGGUGAAACUUCGCCCCCAGUCUGAGGUCCUGAGCGCUCUGGAGCAGGUUUUCAUCAAGGAUCUCUCUCUGUACUUUGCUCCGUUCAUCUUUCCCUCGAUCCUGACUAGUCUCCCAGUUCCUGCUGGUGAAAAACAUCCCCACAGCAUUAUUCUGCCACCACCAUGCUUCACCGUAGGGAUGGUGCCAGGUUUCCUCCAGAUGUGACGCUUGGCAUUCAGGCCAAAGAGUUCAAUCUUGGUUUCAUUAGACCAGAGAAUCUUGUUUCUCAUGGUCUGAGAGCCUUUAGGUGUCUUUUGGCGAUCUCCAAGCAGGCUGUCGUGCCUUUUACUGAGGAGUGGCUUCCGUCUGGCCACUCUACCAUAAAGGCCUGAUUCGUGGAGUGCUGCAGAGAUGGUUGUGCUUCUGAAAGGUUCUCCCAUCUCCACAGAGGAACUCGAGAGCUCUAUCAGAGUAACUAUCGGGUUCCUGGUCACCUCCCUGACCAAGGCCUUUCUUCCCUGAUUGCGCAGUUUGGCAGGGCGGCCAGGUCUAGGAAGAGUCUUGGUGGUUGCAAACUUCUUCCAUUUAAGAAUGAAGGAGGCCACUGUGUUCUUGGGGACCUUCAAUGCUGCAGAAAUGUUUUGGUACCCUUCCCCAGAUCUGUGGCUCGACACAAUCCUGUCUCGGAGCUCUAUGGACAAUUCCUUCGACAUCAUGGCUUGGUUUUUGCUCUGACAUGCACUGUCAACUGUGGGACCUUAUAUAGACAAGUGUGUGCCUUUCCAAAUCAUGUCCAAUCAAUUGAAUUGACCACAGGUGGACUACAAUCAAGUUGUAGAAACAUCUCAAGGAUGAUCAAUGGAAACAGGAUGAACCUGAGCUCAAUUUCGAGUCUCAUAGCAAAGGGUCUGAAUACCUAUUUAUUGCCUUACCUCCAUAACUUACUACAUUUGCACACACUGUAUAUAUUUUCUAUUGUGUUAUUGACUGUAUGUUUUUGUUUAUCCCAUGUGUAACUCUGUGUUGUUGUUGUUUUUAUCGCACUGCUUUGCCUUAUCUUGGCCAGGUUGCAGAUGUAAAUGAGAACUUGUUCUCAAAUGGCCUACCUGGUUAAAUAAAGGUGAAAUAAAAAAUAAGUAAAAGAUCAGUCAGUCUGUCUACAUAAACUGAUGGUUAUUCCCCUGCUCUGCCUUGCCCCAGGUCUCUGUCCAGCUCUAUUGACCCUGGUAUCACCCUCAGCCCUUACAUAGCAUUGAACACAGAGGAAAGGAGCAAGAGGUUCAGAUGGAUGUAUAAGGCAUUUGCUGUAAAUCAGCCAAAG